UGACGCGUAUACUGCCUCGCAAUUUUGGUGUUUCCAAAUAAAAGUGAAAUUGAAAUAUUAUCACGUUGCAAACUAUUGCAGUACUUGCAUAUCAAAUAUCUCAGUUCGAAGUGACUCAAGUGAAAAUCAAUUUAAUCACACUUACAUUCAAUUGAUUCGAACAAGAAAUGUCUGAAGAAGUAAAUACGGAAACAGAUUCAUUCAAUCAAGAUUUUACGACGGCAACACGAUGGGAAGUUUUUUGUGCUCGUCUCGAAGAGAUUAUUCACGAUUGGAAGCUUCCAUAUAAGAAGCAAUGCAUUGGAAAACUGCCUUUUAAUGCAUUAUCCGUAAAUGACUGGGAAACAAAGGAAGAAUUGGUUACAUAUGAUGGAAUGGAAUUGAAGGUCACAUUGUACACCGUCAAGUUGGCAUCUGAUACAGACCGACAAGACGAUGUCUCACCUGAUUCUGCAAGACGAAUGUCAGUUGAUUUGGAAAGGGCUGAGAAAUUGUCGCAAUUGAAUAUUAAAUCGGAUUGUCAAACAUUUGUUGAUUUAAUGUCGUUGGAAAAUAAUUGGUGCACAUUGGACGAAAAAUCUUGUGUGAAUAUUCAUCCACUAGCAAGGUGGUAUGGAUUGAGGCAAUUCGUUGUCAUUUCUACGGUUGGCGGAGCAACUAUCAGCGAAAAUCAACGUCGCAUCUUACUUUCAUCCAUACAUUUGGCCAUUGGAGAAACAAACAUUACAGUUCCAGUUUUUGUCCAAGCAUUGAAAUCACAACAGAAUGUUUAUUCAGGUGUUUGCGAACAUGAAAAUACCAGAGUGCAUUUCGACAUUAUUCAUUUAUCGCAAACUCAUCCAACAUGCAAAUAUUUGUCAGGCAUUCUUGACAUGUUUAAAGAGAAGAUACCAUACGAAUACAAGGAGCCAGCAACAGUUUCAGUGCGAUUUACUUACAUUUUGAAACAAUUUCCCGAAUCUUCGUUUGUACUAAAACGAAAGUUUCCAUUUUCCGAUCGUAACAACGAUAUUGAAAUUAAAUCAAAUGCCAUCUUACCGUUUGGCGUAUCUGUUGAUCCGGUUCGCGAAUUUGUGCUCUAUUGUAAAUGGCUCGAAUUGGCCGAAAAUGUUGUGAUGGACUCUCGAAAUUACAGCGAUUUUGAUCCAAUGUUAUCACAAACAUGGUCAUUUCGCUUACAUUAUGAAGCCUUACCAAACACAUUUUUGCGCGAAUGUUUAUUUGAAUUUUUGUCGGAAUGCGAUUCGACAAAGACAUUACAUGAGUUAAUUGGUGCUGAGUACGCAUAUUCAGCCACAAGUGAAAUAGCCAGUCGUGAUGAUUUAAAUCCAUUGGAACGCUUAACUGUGUCAAAAAUCUCCAAACUAACAACAUCCAUGCUUUCGGCAGCACUUUCCAGCGAUGGAUCAAGUGCACAAGCAAAAAAUAAAACAUCGAAAAAAGGCAAACCGCUUGAAGGCCCGUUAACGGAGGACCAACUCAUGGCCAUGCUUUACUUUUUAUUUCCCGAUGCACAACCAAACUCAUCCAAUGCGUACAAAGUUCCAUCCACGGAUAAUUUUGAUCCAUUGCGUAUAAAGUCAGCGUUUGAUGAUUCCCUAGUACAUCGUCUCAGUAUGUUAUUGGCACUUUGCGGAACUUACCUCGGUGGAUUACGUGCCAUCGCUCAACUUUGGAUUGAAUUCGCACAAGAAAUGAGAUAUCGAGUGGAAAGAAGCAUUUUUAUUUCUGGAAUUGCAGAAGGUUUUCCUGAUCCACGAACAUGUCUGUUACAUCAAAAGUUGCAAAUGUUGAACAUUUGUAUAAAUCGGCGCCGCAUACGUGAGGGAAAUUUGUCACAUUCGAUGGCCAAUAGCAAUCAACGAAAUAUGGACUCACGUUCCGACGAAUCCGAUGAUGAAUUCUUUGAUUGUGAUGCAACUAACGAUGAUGAUGUUGGCGAACAAACCAAAGACUAUCUACCAUGGAAUAAGCCCGAAGGCAGAUUGUCAAAACUCAACGAUAUGAAAUUAAUCGAUAGCGAUGAAUAUUUGUACGUUCCAAUAACACAAGAGCCAGUUCCAAAAACAGAAGACCAACUUGAAGACGAUGCUGAAAUUCUCUUGAAAUUGGGUCCCGAAAGUGAGCUUCGAACACAAAUAAUGAGCGCAUCACUAUUAUCGGAUAUGGAAAGUUUUAAGGCAGCUAAUCCAAACGGAAAAAUUGAAGACUUUAUUCGGUGGUAUUCGCCGCGUGACUGGAUUGAAGAAGACAAUAUAAAAAUCGAUGAUUCGAACAGUAGCCAAGGUCGAUUGAGCUCGCGUAUGCUUAUACCAGGCAAUACAUGGCAAAAUGUGUGGAAUACCGCCAAACCAGUUCCAGCACGACGCCAGAGACGUCUGUUUGAUGAUACUCGCGAAGCCGAGAAAGCAUUACAUUUUCUUGAAACACGAAAUAUUGGACAAAUCGUUCAACUUUGUAUUGUUCCACUAUUCCAUGCUUCUAUUUUACGUGUCAGAGAGGAAAGUUCUAAAUUCUCUUCAAUUAUUCCAAACUACGAGAAAACAAUGGAAAAACUGCAACAUUUGUGCUGUCGCUUAUCGCGCGAUGCUUGGAUAAGUCAUACAACGUCAACAAAAGGAAAUUCGAAGCAAAAAUGGGAGAAUAUGUUGAUGGAAAUCACAAAUACGGAAUAUAUGGUGGUAAAAUGCUACAGUGUCAUUCGAAAACUAUAUCCAAACGUUGAGAAUUUUGAAGACAAUGAUGUCAAUGCACUGAAAUCUUUACUGAGCGCUAAUGAAGUUCAAUUGGAAGAAGGUGCAUUCGGACCACUUUCACAACAAAUCUUACGCUUGUUCACGCAAGUAAAACGGGCGCAAAGUGAACAGUUGCAAGACUUGGAAAAUAUACCAAUUACUCUGCCUGAAGCCGUUGAAAAGGAAUUCACUGUACGUGUUUGUGGUCAAACAUCUCAUGCAAUUGGUACGGGAGGCCCACAGUUUUUACGCAUAAUUUUAAAACCAGAAGAGUUCCGAAUUUGCGGCGCUUUUUCACAUGACAUCAAAUUCUUCUAAUUAAAUAUGCACAUGCAUUGAUAUAAGAAAAAUAAUCCAAUUAAAAAUUUAUCAAAAUAAAAAAAUGCAUUAACAUUUUUCAAAAAUA